AUGAACAAAGUUGAUAAAUCUCAAGUUAUAAUUCUCUCUUUCCUAGCUUUUCUCGUUGUGAUCACACACUUUUUACCUUCCUCUAUAAGGCCUGGUUACCUUUACUUAAUCUUCAACAUCAUUAUCAUUGCACUUGCUGCUCAAUCCGGACUUCUCUCAGCAUUCUCUGAGCCUUCAGAAGACAAAAAACACCAUGUUUAUGUGUCUUCUAAGCACAAACAUACAAUGCAAGAACUAGAAGAAAAGGAUGCUUCAACCAUAAACAAUGAAAAUUUUGUCUCAGAAGAGCAAAAAGUUAAGAAGCCUAAGGUUGUUGAAAAAUCUGCAUCUGAGAAGAAGAUUGUUUAUGUUGAUAAUAAGGUGAAAAAAUGUGCAUCAAUGCCAAGUCUCUUUUAUAUUGAAGAUGGUGAAGAGGAUGAGGAGGUUGAAGUAGAAGAUGAGAUUUGUGGUGUUAAUGGACAAGAACUUUUUGCAAAAGCUGAAGCUUUUAUUGGAAACUUCUAUAAGCAGUUGAAGAUGCAGAGAGAAGAGUCUUGUGCUUCUUAA